UUAUUAUUAUAAAUAUAAAUAUUAUUAUUAUUAUAAAAUAAAUUCCUGAAAAUAUUUUUGUUAAGCAGAUUUUGUUAAAAAGACAGGGUGGGCGUGUCGAAACUAAACCGUUGGGAGAUUCACACGAAUUAUAGGCCAGAGAAAAUCAUGCAACUAUUUAUUUAGCCUGUGACAAAAAUCAACAGUGUUAAUAUCUGAAGAAGGAAGUCUAAAGACAUCAUUGAAUUUAAUUUUCUUUGUGUUACCGGCUAUAAAUAUCUCCUUUCAGAUCAAUCAAGAUUCUAAAAAUAGAACCCUUGUAAUAAUAAUAAAAUGGCAAUGGAUGGCAAUACGGAGCUACACUGGGCCUGUCGUCGUGGACAGAGUGACAAAGUUGCAGAGUUGCUAGAGUUAGGACUUGCUGUCAACGCGAUGGCUAUGGAUGGUAAUACACCACUUCAUUGGGCCUGUCGUGAAGGAUACUAUGAUAUGGUCAAUGUUUUACUCGCAUAUGGAGCAGAUGUCAAUUUGGUGGCCAAUGAUGGCUACACACCCUUACAUUGGGCCUGUCGGGGUGGAUUCAGUCAUAUAGUAGACGUUUUACUUACAUGUAAACUUGAUGUGAAUGUCUUGACGAGGGAAAAUUACACAGCUUUGCACUGGGCCUGUCGGAGUGGAAACUGCGACACAAUAACUGCAUUAAUGAAAUCUAAGCCUGAAAUCAAUACAGUGGCUUUGGAUGGUAACACACCUUUACAUCUGGCAGUUUCAAGGAAUGAUCAGAAAAUGGUGGAAUUGUUGCUGUCCCAGGAUCAAAUACAACUGAAUAUUCAAGACCAUGAUGAUAGACAAACACCAUUGCAUAAUGCUGUCUCCAAUGGACAUGUGGGACUGAUUCAUGCUUUAGUGUUGAAAGGGGCUGAUGUUAAUGCUGGUGAUAUGUAUGGAGAUACUUCUCUUCAUCUAGCCUUGAAGAAAAGGAGGUUUAAAUCUGAGACUAAACAUAUUGAAGCCUUAGAUAAGUGCUGUUUAAAGCUUGGUUUUGCUAAAGAAGCCAGACUUUCUGCUGCUGUAGUGGUUAGCUAUCUAGCAGAGCAAGGAGCAGACCUUUACUGUAGAAACAAAUACAAUACCAAACCAAUUGAUCUCAUUGAAGAUCAAGAUCUGAAAAGGAAAAUAAAAGUGCUUUAUCCACCUCGAUUGGAGAGUCCAUUGUGUAGUGGUAAUCAGAGUCCAUUGUGUAGUGGUAAUCAGGGCAGUGAACCUCAAGUGACAGAUUCUCAAAAACUGGAUGAGAGGGACAUUCUCAGUAUAGCAAAACAGUUAUCAAACAAAUGGCGGCAAGUUGGAAUUUUUCUAGGAAUUAAAAGCAUACAACUGGAUAAUAUCAGGUGUGAUUAUCCUUUAAACACACAAGAACAGAGCUUCCAAAUGUUAAACAGGUGGUACCAGAGUUCCAGACCAGAGCAACGUACUGUUGAUGUUCUAAAAAAAGCUCUCAAAGAGGCAGAAUGUUUUGAAGCUAUUCACUAUUUACCAACUAAAAGAAGUUAACGUAACAAGGUGUAUUCCUGAUGUUUUGAGAUUUUUUCAGGAGUGCCAUUAAUGUCUAAGAAAUACAAAACUUGAAUCUCGUUUUGUACUCUAGCUACUUUGUGAAGGUGUCCAAGAUCCUUGUCACAACCUCUUUCAUCUUCUUAAUGCCUUCAAAUCAAUUGCCCCUGAGGUUCUCCUUCAGCUUGGGGAACAGUCACAGGGAGAAAGGUCUGGGCAGUAGGGAUGGUGAAAGACAGUUCCGGCACCUGUUUUUGUCAAGUAAGUUGAUUACCAAGAUGGAAUUGUGGACUGGUGCUUUGUCUUGGUGUUCAAAGUGGUUACAGCUGUCUCCUUCAAUCUGGAAUAAAAAAAAAAGUUGGCAGGUCAGCUUAUUUGAUGUAUAGUAAUAAUAUACUAACAUUACAUUUAUAAGUGCUUCUAAAAAAAUAAAGUUUCAAAACUUCUUGAAUGCACCUUGUACAUGUUAUUGUUGUGUAGCUUCAGGCUUAACCUUGAAGGAGCAAAUCUAUAAUUAGACAUUCUAUUCAUGACAAACUCUUUAAAGGUGGUAGGGUGUGAUUUGAGGGGCAUUUGGCUACCAUUUCUAGCAUGUGCCUCUGGUCAGUAGAGAUAAGCUUUUGAAAUAAAGAUGAAUUUUAAAACCUU